UGGUUUAUUGCGACUAUACCGCCUCGGGAAGGUCACUACAGUUCCUCGAAGAUUACAUCGCCAAGGAGGUGCUGCCAUGUUUGGGCGACACUCGGGCAUCCACGUCCAUCUGUAGUCUACAGUCCUCUCUUUUUAGGUAUGAGGCCAGAGACAUCGUCAGGCACGCGGUCGGGGCUAGCGAACAGGAUGCAGUCCUGUUCACCGGUCAAGGCACCGCCGCUGCCCUUCGCACACUUUUACGGCAUCUCGAUCUUUCCAAGUCCACCGUAGUCUUCGUAGGCCCGUUCGAGCAUCAUGCCAACCUAAGGCCUUGGCGCGAGCUCGAUGUCAAGAUAAUACGAGUUUCCGAGACUCGGGAGGGCUUCUUGGAUCUGAAUGAUCUCGAACGGGGCCUCGCAAGAAUACGGAGCGAGGGCGUUGCGCAAAUGAUCGGAUGCUUCAGCGCUGCCAGUUGUAUAACGGGGGUUUUGGCAGAUGACGUCGCGACGACCCUCCUGCUGCAUCAAUACGGCGCACUUAGCGUGUGGGAUUACACCACCGCAGCUCCGUACGUCCCGAUCGACAUGAAUCCGCAUCUACCCGGAGUCGAAAAGACCGCGGUGCACAAGGACGCGAUUAUCUUCGCGGGCCACAAAUUCAUUGGCGGCGUACAAUCGCCCGGUAUAUUGGUGACCAAACGAUGGCUCCUGCGGGAGGACGUCGAGCCGGAGGACAUGAGAGACUCCCAUUACUAUCACCGUGAUCCUGAGUUGCGGGGCGAGAGCGGAACCGCCGGUGUAGUCGAGAGCAUCCGAUGCGGAUUAGCGGUCCAGCUGAAGGAGAACGUCACGCCGAGGGCGAUCGUCGCGCGGCAGGACAAGAUCUCUCGGCAAGUCUUGGCCCACGUGCGCACGAUUCCGGAAUUGAUCCUACUCGGCAAUUCCUCGCACAACGUGAAACGACUGCCCAUCUUCUCGUUUAUGGUGCGCCAUCCUCGCGGCACGUUCCUCCACCAUAAUUUCGUCUGCGCUGUCCUGAAUGACGUCUUCGGUAUCCAGGCACGAGGAGGAUGCGCGUGCACGGGUCGUUACGCCCAUCAUCUAAUGGGGAUCGACCGUGAACUCGCCAAGAAAUACGAAAGCAUCCUCUUGGAAGGACAACAGAACGGUACCGAGGAGACCAUCGCGGAAAGUCUCAGACCGGGCUUUGCUAGACUGUCCUUCCCUUACUUUAUGAAUGAGACAGAAAUUGCCUUUGUACUGGAAGCUCUUAAGAUGGUAGCCACCGAAGGCUGGAAGCUGUUGCCGCAGUACGUAUUGAAUCCCGAUACUGGCGAAUGGCGACAUCACACCAACAGCGUCUUCAAGGAACGUAAAUGGCUGGGUUCGAUCAGAUAUACGGACGGAAGAAUGAAUGCCACGGAGAGACGAGCUUCCGGCGCCGGCGUCUUCCCACAGAACUACGGUGACUGCCUGCAGACUGCCCGAAACAUCUUCAAUCGUGCUCGUAAAAUGGCACAGCGAUAUCCGUUGCAGAUCGACAAGAGUUUCAACUUUAUGUGCGAGCGUAUGGAAGCAUUGCGCUGGUUCAUACUGCCGAGCGAGGCACAGGAUCUGCUUUUGGGUAACUCGCAGAACGUCAAGCAAGACGUGCCAUUCAAUCCCUUGCUGGCCUGGAACAAGUACAAUACGAGCACCGUCACCACCAGUCACGAUAGUCUAGUAAACUGCCUGACGCUGACGAAUGGCAUGAGACGACUGAAUAGCGACAUUCCGCGUACAGGCAACGCACCCAUCUCGACGACCUCACCGAGGCAUCGAAGCUUACCGGCGUUAAGCACGGUUCAGCGAACUCUGAUGGCGACCAAGACAGAACUAAACCAACCAUCAUCAUCGAGCAACAGCGAGGAGGAGAGUCCAAAUCAAAAUGAACACUUCUCUGGACACCGAUCACCCGCCACAUGUCCAAACUCACCAAUGCCAGUUAGAUUCAUGGUGGGCGAGGCCGUCACUACCUCGGUCCUGGGAUCUACAUCUCGCACGACCGUUCGAACGACGAAAGAGCAGAGGGAACUAAUGGAGGCAACCAAUGCCGGGCGAGCGAGAUGCAAUUCUCUGGGUAGCACCACCGAUGGAUGUAACAUACAGGGAAAUCGCACUGGUGCCGCAACGGCAUCCUCGCCGAUCCCGCCGCUUCCACUGAGCCCGCAAACUCUGACCAGCUUGGGACUGAGCACGUCGAACGGUUCGUCGAAACAGAGACGUCUUCACUGCAGCUGCAGUAGUCAAACGGAGUUAAACUCUUUAGAAUUGGAUUCUGCCGCCAGUCCGAGUCACUCGAUCUCUUCCCUGAACUAUAAUCAUAAUCCGGCAUCGCCGCCGUCUUCGUACUCGUCGACCAGCGAUUACACCGAGAGGUUGAUAGGUGGUGGCAGAUCUUCGCCUAUUUCGACGAAUAUGGGUCAGGAUGAUUUAAGCGCGUACGUGAAGGAAAUGACCAAGGAAUUAGCGACUGAAAUCAAAUCGGAGAUCCGCGAAGUGAUUUCUAAAGUAGAUGACGCUUUAUCGGAAACAAAUACGUCUGAGAACACGCCGCAGCAUCACUCGCGGGCUCAGAGUAUAGUUAAUCAAACAUGUGUGGAGGAUAAGCAGUCGAGGCAUGACUCGUUCACGGCCAGUGACAUCGCCGAAUACUUAAUGGAAUUCUCGAAGGAAAUGGCGAGCGAAGUGAAAUCUGAGAUACGAUGCAUGGUGAACGCCGUUGACGGACUUCACAGGUACUCGCCCGACGUAUCCACUUCGGACGUUUCUUCGAACGGAUGUGGUUCGCCCGAUCGUGGAAGAAUCGUGCUUCCCUCGUCAGCAUCUCCGCGCCUUUCUGGCUCUAGAAAAAGUGGGCCGCUCGAGAUCACCAGCAAGAUUGGCGAACUGUCACAACAAGAGAGCAAAAUGUCCAGCGAAUGCUCCUCGGACGAGACUGUGAUUUACGUGAUGAAGCCGUCUGAAAGCGAGCAGAUAGUGCGCACUCGUUCGAAAACUGAGGACGAGGAGGUGGAGAAUGACGUGGAUGACUAUGUGGAUGAUGAUUCACAGGAAGGACGCGGUGGCCUUGACAUCGGUGACGCUCGGAAGGUCUUGCCAAAGAUUUAUUCGGCCGUGAAUUCGGUCAGCUCCCAGGAUAGUGGCAUAAAUAUGUCCUUUCAAGAGAGUGACAAAUCGAUAGACUCGUUGGAUCUGAAACGAAGCAGCAGCGCCGAAUCCAACUCCGCUCACAGUUACGGGCGAAAACCCAGAACAUCAUCAAUGAUGAGUCUGUCGACUAAGUGCGGCGGUAAGCAGCAAGCGCGUCAAAACGACAAUCUAUCGGAAGACGAGGAAUGCACAGGCGAUCUGCGAGAGGAGGAGGGCGACGGUCAGGAGAAUAAUUUUGAUGACAACGAGUCCAGAUUGGAAUUCCUACGAACUCAAUGGCACUGCCCACCGAAGAACAUGUGGAAACCUUCGGUGGAAGCUAUGCAAGAAUUCGAUAUGAUUCGGGACAAUGACAAGGUCUUAGUCUGCCUGUCAGCGAUCGGCAAAGACUCGCUUUCCCUUCUACAUACUCUACAUCAAUACAGAUUUUACGUUAGAUCGAAGGGAAUCGAUUUUGAAAUCGGUGCGGCCACAAUCGACACUGGUGGCUCCGAUCCCAUAGAACUAAUGAGUUAUUUGAAGACUCUGGAGAUUCCCUACUUUUAUGAGGAACAGAUGACGAACUCGAACAGUGUCAAUGUCGACAAUCCAUUGGACGCUAGCAUUGCCAGUGGGACUUGCAGUUUCUGCGACAAAUCGGUCAGGACGCAAUUGUACUCUUUGGCGAAACGAAAUGGAUAUAACGUACUAGCGCUCGGUCAACAUUUGGACGAUCUCACGGAAAGCUUCCUUAUUUCGGUACUUCAUGGUGGCGUGUUGAAAACUAUGAAAGCACACUACUACAUACGUCGGGAGGAUCUCAGGGUUAUCAGACCAUUCAUCUACGUGCGAGAGAAGGCAUUGAGACAAUUCACCGAGAGCAAGAAGUUGCUUAUCUUGCGAGAUUCGCAAACUCUGUCUGAGAAACAAAACAGAAGGAAGGAACUUAUGCUCCAACAAGAACGCGCGUAUCCGCGACUACAUUGGUCCGUGCGCACGGCUCUACGGCCCUUGAUAACUGCCCACGGACAAAUUACUACCUUUGAUUUGGCCUGCAGCGGUACCGGCGGCAAUAGUCCAAGUGGCAGCACCAGUAGUAGCAUAAGCAGUACUUGUAGCAGCAACAGCGGCGGCAACAACACCAGUAAUCAGCAGAAACGACACCGGCGGAUCAAAAAUCCCUCGGCGAGCACUGCUUCGUCCCAACAAACUGACGAGAAUGACGAGACCGACGAGGAGCCUGUACUUUGA